GAAAGUUAAUGAACAUUUGGUUGAAGUUACUGAUUUUCCAUCGACCAUUCAUAGGUGAUGAUCCGUUACUGAUGAAGAAUCAGAAUGCGUCAAAAAUUAAAGAAGAAGAGCAACGUCGACGAGAGAAGAUGAAACAAGACAGUGAGAGAGAAAAGGAGCGCAUCUUACAACAACAAGAGAAGCAGAAGCUCGAUAGAGAAAAGGAGAAGCGGCGGACCAUGAAAAAGGAGAAGCGGCGGAUGUGAAUUGCAAAUACUGUCUGUGUCGCUCGACUUUUUUUUUUAUAAAGUUUUUUGAUUUCUUCGUUACAUGCUAAAUGAAUUCACCACAAAGAGGCUCACCACGGCCCAGUCGCCAUUCAAGUCUUCGAGAACAUCGAAGGCAUAGGGGUCAAUCUACGAUCGACCGGAAUGCAGAAGCUGACGACGAGUUUAUGUCUGCAUCAGCAACGCCUUCUCCACCAGGAACACCAAAUACUCGAUAUUCUGGUUCGAAUACGCCAUAUUCAGAUCCAAAUGACAUAAUUCCGACAGCAAUUGUCAUAAAGAACAUUCCUUUCUCUGUGAAGAAGGACGCUCUAAUGGGGAUUCUGAACUCAUUGGACAUCCCUCAACCUUAUGCGUUCAACUACCACUUUGAUAAUGGUGUCUUUAGAGGACUCGCAUUUGCCAAUUACCGUAACUCUCAAGAGACUGAAGUUGUUGUACAGGCACUAAAUGGAUUAGAACUUGGAGGAAGAAAAUUGAGAGUGGAAUACAAGAAAGUAUUGCCUGGACAGGAAAAAGAAAUGUUUUACAGCAGCGAAGACAUUCCAGAGCCUGUUAAUACGCCAUCCUCAAAACUCCCCGGGAAAAAGGACCGCAAUUACGAGAAGAAAGAACUUCGGCAUAGCCCAAAGCCUCAGGCCAAUCCAGAUCAAAAUGUUCGAAGAUCAAAUGCAUACAAUGACGAAGCAGAUGGCCCUUUGGACCUGAACCAUCCGGACACAUUGUUGUUCUACGAUCAAUUAUUUCAGUUUAGAAGCGAUCCUUCACGCGACAUUUUUGUCUAUCCAAAGACCACAACUGCAAACCAAAGGCGAAUAAUACACUACCUUUCGGACCGUCUAGGAUUAUUUCAUUAUUCAGAAGGUGAUGGAUCGGAGCGGCAACUACAUGUCGUCAAAAAGCCAGCAAAUGCGGCACAGUUACGUGGUGAUGGAGUCAACAGAAAGACGUCCCAGAGAGGUGGUCGCAAUCGGCUUAGACAGAGUCAGUCGCAAGACAGAAUAAGAGAAGCUGAUAAUGGCAGUCCCCCCAGACGCGAAAACUAUAGACGGUCGUUCAUCUCUUCUAGUCCACUAUCUGACUCUACUGGCAGUAACACUCCAAAUGUGGUUUAUCCUACGAGACAACCUCUUGGACCUUCGCUCGACAACAACUUUGCUUCACGAAUUCCUCCUGUGACACGUAAAAUGUCUCAGCUAAAUCUUGACGCACCAUCGUUUGAACCCGCUGGCCUGAUUUAAAUACCUGCGCUAUUUACCUUUCUUUUUUGCGA